CAAACAAACAAAAGGGAAAGAAAUAAGAAGGGCUGGUAUUGGGAGGAGGUGGCAGUAUUGUGAUCAUCCAAAUAUGGCCUCCCAAGAAAACAGUAGAAAACUGUCACAAGUAGCGAAAAAAGGCUGAGUUCAAGCAGUGGCCAUGGCUUCUGUGGCAAACGGUCCCUUCCACAUUCUCAAACCUCCAAACCAUCCUGGUUACAAACUCAGUAGUGGUAUCAGAACGACCCUCUGGUCAUUCUCAUGUACCAAUGCACCAUUUCUCACUCUGCAGACCUCAAAGCACAAGUCUUCAACCAUCAUUUGCUUUGCAACUGAUAAGCAAACUUCUUCUACUGAAAUCAGUUCCACAGCCAGGAUUAGGAGUGAAGUUCUCACUCCCUUUCGCUCCGUUCGGAUGUUUUUCUAUCUUGCUUUCAUUGCAAGUGGUGGUUUAGGAGGACUCAUAGCAACCACACAGUUAAUUGCAGCACUAACAAACCCAUCAAGAGCACUUGACGCCCCUGAAAUUGCGAAGGGUCUUGGGAUAGACCUUGGAGCAGUGUCUCUCUUUGCAUUCUUGUAUUUGAGAGAGAACAAGGCCAAGAAUGCACAGAUUGCUAGGCUCUCAAGAGAGGAAAACCUUUCGAAUCUUAAGCUCCGGGUUGAUGAAAAGAAGGUCAUUCCUCUUAGCUCUUUGAGAGGGAUUGCUCGGCUUGUAAUAUGUGCAGGCCCUGCAUCAGUCAUCACAGAAGCUUUUAAUCAAAGUGAACCCUACACUGAAAGGCUUGUGGAACGAGGGGUGCUCGCGGUGCCCUUUCCUACAGAUGGAAACUUACCUAGUUUUGAGUUUGAAGAAAGUGAAGAGACUAAGGAGAUUACUGCAAAGAGGAAAAGACUAUGGCAGCUGACACCAAUUUAUGUUCCUGAAUGGACCAAGUGGUUAGAUGAGCAAAAGAAGCUGGCAGGCGUCUCCUCUGACUCUCCUGUGUAUAUAUCUCUUCGCCUGGAUGGUCGUGUUCGUGGCAGUGGCAUUGGUUACCCGCCUUGGAAUGCUUUUGUUGCACAGCUACCACCUGUAAAGGGAAUGUGGUCUGGUCUUCUUGAUGGGUUUGAUGGAAGAGUUUAAGAAAAUAUUUUGUGUUAUAGGUUAGUUUCUAGUUCUGGAUUACCUGAAAUCUUGUAAUGUGAUAGGUUGUAUCUAAUAUAUAUACUUCCAUUUUCUUUGUUAUGCGGUCAGGCUUUCCUUAGAAAUAAAAUUCUGUUUUCUUUAGCC